GGCCCGGGCGGGCCGGGUUGUUUGUGACGGCGUCACCGGCGGCUGCGGCCGCGGCCCCUCGUCCGUGCCGGGCCCCGCUAGGGCCGCGCUCAGCGUGCUUUGAAAAUGUCUGAAAAUUCCAGCGACAGUGAUUCAUCUUGUGGCUGGACUGUCAUCAAUCACGAGGGUUCUGACAUAGAGACAGUGACCUCAGAAAAUGGAAGCACAAAUGAUAACCAUGAGUUUGUUUCAGAAGAAUAUGUUUCUUUGCAAGAAGAAGAGCAGGCAAUUGAUUUACAAGCUCAGUGCAGCAAUGAUGAAGAGAUCCCAGCAGUAGAUAACGCUCUAUCUGGUUUUGAAGAAACUCAGACAGAAGUUCCAGAGGGAAAUAAAGAAAAAGUUCCUGAUGAUGGGUCCUGCAUUGGAACUAUUAGUGAUGAUUCUGACAUUGUUACACUUGAAGCUCCAAAACCAGAAGAAACUCAGAGUCAGGAGGAAGCUCCAGCUGAUGGUGAAGAAGCUCCAAGUUCAGAGGAUUUUAACAUGGGUUCCUCCUCUAGCAGUCAAUAUGCAUUUUCCCAUGUAGAAACUGUCACUUGGCUGGAGAAGCUGUGGAAGAUUCCUGAUUGUGUAAGGGGAUGGGGAAAUGAGGUGAAAGAGCAUGUAUCUCGCAGUCUUCCUUUCCAAGUUUUUCCAUCCCAGGCCAGCCCCGCCGAGUCCAGCAGCGAUGAAAGCGGCGGCCAGGGCAGCCCGGCGGUGCGCAAGCGGCGCCCGAGGAAGCGCGGGGUGUCGAGCUCCGAGCCGGAGCCGGAGCCAGAGCCGGAGCCGGCCCGGGAGGAGCAGCACCAGCGCCAGUUCAGCAGCGGCCUGAACAGAUGCAUCGUCCUGGCGCUGGUGAUCGCCAUCAGCAUGGGCUUCGGGCACUUCUAUGGUAAACCUGAAGGUACAGUGCAGAUCCAGAAACAGCAGCAGCUGGUGACAAAGACACGUGAAUUAAAAGAUAUGAAAGAUGACCUUUACCAGUGCCAACAAGAGCAAGGAGAUCAAGUGCACCACAAAGUGGGGUCACUCAAGGGAGAUCCUGCCACAUGUUUGACCUUUACUGAAGUGGAGAAGAAAUCCUUUGAUUCUCAAAAGAAAAGUCUUGCUGCAGAAAAUCAGCACUUAAGAGAAUCUCUAGAGAAAGAAGAAAAAGCUUUGGCCUCACUUCAGGAAGAAUUAAGGAAGCUAAGACAACAAAUUAGAAACUUAGAAGAUAAAGGUAGUAGCACUGAAUCUAUUGUAAUAGAAAAUCAGAAACUAAGGGAGCAUUUGGAAGAGGAAAAGCAAAGGAACAGCAAUUUUCUGAGGCAAAAGGAAACGCUGUUUGCAGAGGCACAGAUGUUAAGGCGAGAACUGGACAAAGAACGUCAUGUUACAGAAGCUCUGAAAAAAGAACUGGAACAGUUAAGUUCUCGUCAAACACCUGACAGUGCUAAUGACGAUGAUGAGACAUUAAGAGAAAAUCAAGAAAUAGAAACCCUGCGAGGAAGACUGGUAGAACUAGAAAAAAAGCUAAACUUUGAGCAACAACGCUCUGACUUAUGGGAGAAACUGUAUGUUGAAGCAAAAGACCAAUCUGAAAAACAAGAAAUUAAUGAAAAUGGACAAAGGAAAGGCGCUAAAGGGCAAAAUAAGAGUAGAAAGAAAUCAAAGGAGACCUUUUUUGGUUCAGUUAAAGACACUUUCGAUGCUAUGAAAAAUUCCACAAAAGAGUUUGUAAGACAUCAUAAGGAAAAGAUUAAGCAAGCUAAAGAAGCAGUGAAAGAAAACUUGAAAAAAUUCUCUGAUUCUGUAAAGUCUACAUUCAGACACUUCAAAGACACCACAAAAAACAUCUUUGAUGAAAAAGAGAAGUCAUCAAGCGAUAAAAGAUAUGAGGCAAACAAGAAAGCUCGAACUUUUUACCGAGACCACAACUCCUACGAGAAUCUGAAGCAUAUGCAUUACAGGGGACCUCACAUGCCAAAAGAAUCCAGAAAUGCAAGAAAACAUCAUUUUACAACAUUUGAAAAAGAUUCAGAUUCCCAGAAAUGUCUCAAUGAUCACUUUUGUAAUAGAAAACAUCAGUUUGGCCUAAAGGGCUGCUCUGGUAUUUUUGAAUGUGCUCAUCAAGAAUUCAUUAGUCUCUUUAACAGAGUGUCGGAUCCCAUCAGGGUGGAUGAAUUUAAUCGGCUAAUGAGAAAGUAUUUGCAACAAGUUGUACAUAACUUUCAUCACUGGAGAGAACUAGAAAAUUUCAUCAAUAAGUUUUUUCAUAAUGGAUUGUUUAUACACGACCAGAUGCUGUUCACUGAUUUUGUUAAUGAUGUCAAGGAUUACCUGGAAGAUAUGAAGGAAUACCAAAGUAAUAAUGAAAAGGUUUUUGAGGAUUUGGACAAAUACGUCUACAGAUACUACUUCCAUUAUGAUAAUUCACCCCAGUAUGGACCCAGUCGACCUAAAAGACCUUUUACACAAACUGAAAAUUCCAGACAUGAAAAACAAGCUCAGAAGUACCAACACCGUAAUAAAAGAGAAGGUAAAUGGCAUAAACAUGGUCGCACUAAUGGAAGACACAUGGCAAAUCUUGAAAUAGAAUUGGGGCAACUACCCUUUGAUCCAAAAUAUUGAGUAAUUUAUUGUAAAAAUUAAGAUUAAAAUUCACAUACUCUCUGGAAACUAAUUGUUUUUCAACAAAGCAGCAAGAUGCAAGUCUUUUUUCUGAAUAAUUUGAUUUUUACACAUUUUUGUUAACAGGCAGAAGUCAGGCUUUCUAAUUUGCAUAUUCUGUACCGUUGCUUUAACUGUUCUUCAGAACUGAAGACAGUUUGGGUGCCAGCAGUAUUGUUGCAGAAACUAAGCAUGCCAUGACCUGUGUAUGAAAAAAUGCUUAAUUGCAUUCCAUUAGUGUAGUUAAAGCUUGAGCCAUGCAUAAUGUACCAACUACUAACUCCAGUGUUUGAUAUACUAACUUCAUCUCAUCCUUCAAAAAAUAGGUCAACAUUGUGGUAAUGUAUUUGUUAGUGUUUUGUAACCUUAUAUUUGCUUCCUGUCUUUGGGGGGGUUCAAGAGCCUGUUGAAUCGUGAAGAAUUUGCUGUGCUGCAUUCUAAUCAGCGUGCUGAUUUAAACACUUGAAAUGUCUUGCAUAUCUGCAUAUUGUAGAAAAAAAAAAUAAAAGAGACGUUGUGGGUAAAAGUCUUUAUUUAUAAAAGAAACUUAGCAUAGCUGUACAGUUCUAUAAAAACGGUCCAGUCUUGUCUGUAUUUUAUUGCUUAAGUAAUCAUAUGGUAACUUUGGUCUUCCCAAUGUUUUCUAGUGUUGUAAGGUAGGUCAGCAACCCCACCCUGCCCUACUGCUACUGACGCUGCCCUCGGGAGGAGGUUUAUGUGUUUGCAGGCAGCCACUGCCUCACGGGGACUUCCCGUUUGACUUCCCCACUUGGAGACUCACUGCUCUCUCCUUUCUGCACUACGAGGUCUAAGCAUAGCUACUGCUCUGCAAAACUGAUCUCACUGGGUGCGAGGUCUAGACACUGAUCUUCAGGGAUAAUUCACUUCAGCUUUUCUCCUGUAGAUGGAGAUGUGGCUUCCAACUCGUCCUUGAGGUACAUGAGUAUGAAAGACAGUGGCUGUUUUCUCAUAGCCCCUUAAAGCUAGAAAUGAUGAUAUUUCCUGUAAAUGAACAUACAUUAAUUUCCACAGUAAGAAAACACAGCUGGGAGCAUAAGAAUAGUGUUCCAAAGUCUCUCAGAACAACAAGUUCAAAUUCAGCUGUCCCUGGGAAGCUUUAUCCUUUAUUUUAGGAAAGCCUGCUAGAAAAAGAAGUACCUAUCCUGUUUGAUCCUGUCCGGAGUGGAUAUUCACCAGCCACCGGUGUCUGAGUGCAUGGACUUCAUUAAAGAUUUGAGGGGUUAAAAGGUACUGUGACUGCAGGUGUUUUUGCUUUUCAUCGUUCCUUACUCAGAAGUGCAGCCUCUGGGAACAGAUGGCACAUUUGUUUUAAUAUGGAUUGAGAAAUCCAUAAAACAUUACUCUGUGGCCUGUAGAAUUUGCACAGAGGACAGGGUAUACGUGAACAUUAAAUAUCAAUGUAUUGGAAUGAUAUCAGUACUCUUAUUAUGGACUAGAGGGGUCAAUUUUAAUAUAAGCUGUGUUUUAAAAAGUUGUGGACAACAAUUUUAAAAAAAAUUAACUAUAACUCUUCCCUAAUUUAUUUUGUAACAUCCUCAGGAGUAAGUUACCAUACCUGUUCUAGCACAUUGAAGAGGAUCAAGUGACUGGGUAAUAGUGUGUCAUUGUAAAACUCCUUAUUCAGCCAGCCAAGUGGGUUAGAGUAAAACACAUCUGCUUCAUCAACGUAGCUCUCGUUGCCAGUUAGGUUUGGGGGACACUGAAGGAAUCUCAUUUUUAGGGGACAGUGAACAUGACUAGGAAGAAAAACAAAAGCACACAUUUCAUGAUAAACUGACCAGAAUCAGAGAUUUGAAAUUACUCAUCACUUUAAAAGAUACCUUAGUCAAAACUUCUUUUUUUUUUUUUUUUUUUUUCCUUAGAGUAGUAUUUUCUUCCCUUCAAUAUUCAUAUGAAAGCAAAGUAGAACAAGCAGUCUCAGCUCCAAACUGCUGGGACUGUGUUGUUAGCAGUUAACAGAAAAUACACUUAUCUUACUAAAAAUACCAUUCGGACAAUAUUAGUUCCUUAAAAAAGUACUUUUCUAUAUCAGCUUCACUAUUUAUAUCUGCUUUAACAUUUUGUUUAUUUGCCAGGAUCUACUGCAAACCUUUUGCAGUGACCUCAGUCACUCUGUUGUAAUGACAUUUCUUUACUGCCUCGCAGCAGAAUUAAAGUAAAAUUAACAUAUUUUCUUGUAACAAUUAGUGUUUAGUUUUGCUACAAUGUUACCAUAUCGAAGAAGUGUGACAUACUUGGUGAAGUCAUUAGACUUACUGCAUAUCCUCAUACAAAGCUAUUUCACAGAAGUGAAUAAGGCUCAGAUGCUUUAUUUUUAUUCUGUGAUACAAGCACUUGGCUUAUGUCUCCUAAUCACUCUAUUACCUGUAUGAAAAAUCAAAACUCUUCCUGUAUACAUUUAUCUAUCUCAAUAUAAUAAGCCUUGAAAAAAAGAAUUAAGAGUUUGAAUUUCAAUGUAGUGCAUUGUUAAUGCUUUUAAUACCUGUAAAAUGGAGUAGAGUGGCACGGCAUCAGGAUGAAGACAAAAGCUUGUGACUGCUGAGAGUUACUGCAGAGCUGCUGGAUGUGACUCAUAACAUCCAGAGUGCCUCGCUGGUGAACCAAGCCCGUGUACAGGGCUGGGACUAAAUUGGACAAGAGCAGGAAACUUGCUGCAGUUUUCUUCCAUGCUUUCAAGUGUUUCAAAGAAUAUCCUGUAGAAACAUUUGAGUAAGUUUGGGAGAUAAACAAUUCACACAUUUCUGUAAAGUACCCUAAUACAGUGGCAAACCAUUACUCAGUCAAUAAUAAUAUUCUUCUCUGAGAUACUUUACUGCAGUGUUCUUUGAAUGGAAAUUCAAAGGUUAGACUUGGCUCUUUUAAUUCUUGGAUUUAACAGAGUAAAUCUUAAGCCCACACCUGUCUCCUGAAAUGCAAAAAUACAGUUCCCAAACCAGU